AUGUCAUCCAAAGAAGAAGAACGAAAACGUAAAGAAGAAGAAAAAGAACGACUCAAACGAGAAAAGGAAGAAGAACGAAAACGAAAGGAAGAAGAAAAGAAAAGACGCGAAGAAGAAAAAGAAGAAGAAAAACGUCUCAAACGUGAAGAAAAGAAAAAAUUAGAAGAAAAAAAGAAACUCGAAAAGGAACAAAAGAAGAAGAAACGAGAUGUCCAUUCGAGUUCUUCAACUUCAUUGGAUCCACUUUCAAAUCCGAAUGCUUCUUCUUCGUCACUCACUCCUGCCAUGUCAAUUAGUGAUUCCUCGGAAAAUCUUGGAGGACUCUCUGAAAGUGAAUUGAAUGAAAAUAUUGAGAAAAUGUUGACAUCGAUUGGUGCCAAAGAUGAUGUGAAAAUGGCAGUUCGUUCUCAUCCACUUGCCACGAAAUAUGUCAUGUGGAAAAGUUGGAAAGAAAAUGAAGCUGCUCAAUCGGGUGAAGGUGCCAUUGCUGAGAUUGAGAAAAUUUUGGACAAGUUGAAGAAACGAGGUGAUCGUGAAACCUUGCAAGAUAUUUUGGUGAAAUUACGUAAUUCAUCCUUGGCUUGGGUGGAUAGUUUUAUCGAUUGUGGAGGAAUUAAGGUGAUUAAUGAAACAUUGGCAUCCACCAAUUUGUUAAAUAAGACCAAAAAUAUGGAUGAUAAUACUGUGCAAUGGUUGUGUUUGAAUUGUUUUCGAGCAAUUUUGAAUACUGAAAAAGGUUUAUCCUCUAUCACAAGUGACAGGUCCAUUUUCUUUAACAUGGCUCUCUUGUUGGAUUCCGACCGAAUUGACGUUCGAAUUCAAACAUUGUUUAUUUUUGCAAGUUUGUGUUCCGAUGAGAGUGUUAAGGAGGGAUACAAAAUUAUUCUUUCCUCUCUAGAUCAUUUCAAACUCAUUCGAAGAGAGAAACAAAUGUAUGAAUUUCUCGUCAACAGUAUUCAAAACGAAGCAUUCACAGAUGUGGAAUAUUUAACACAUAUCAUGUUCUUGUUUAAUGCAUUGUUUACCUCAGCCGAUUUAACAGAUACAAUCACAUUGGCCAAUCAAUUGAAUAGUCUCAAAGCCAUUGACAUUAUUCGUCAACAAACACAGGGACAUCAAAUCGACGAUGAAGGUUUUCAAGUGCAAUAUGACAUGUUUGUUGAAGAAAUGGAAAGUGUUCUCAAAAAGAAUAUUGUUCAAAUCGACAUGAAUGAUCCAUUCCAAAUUACAGAGAGAUUGAAACUGAAAAUUCAAGGAACACAAUCCAUGGAAAGUUUCCUUCGAGUAUUGAGACAUUUACUCAUUUUCACAGAUGUCUAUUCAGACAAGUUCACACUCGAAGAAAUUAUUGAAUUGUGGAAACAAGUGGAACUUGCAGUCGAGCGUCUCGUUCAUGAGAAACAAUCAGUGGUGGAUGGAUUUCAUGAUCAAGACCAACAACAACCCACAACACCUGUCUCCAGUCAACCACAUUUAUUGAGUCCAUUAUUGAAAAAGAUGAAAUAUGGAAAAUCAACCAAUAAGGACUUGACAACGAAUUUGAACACUUCGGUCGAUGUGGAAUCAGUCACCGAUGACAAUUCUCAAAUUUCAUCCAUCGCUGAGGAAGCACUUUUGAAAAAAUUACAAGCUCAAGAAGAAACCAUUCAACGAUUACAAGCCGAGUUGAAAGAAAAAGAACUUUCUUCGUCAACAGCAGAAUCCACCAAUGUCAUUUCCAUUCAAUUGGAAAAGGAAAAAUCUCAAAAGGAAAUUGAACGUCUUCAUGAUAAAAUCAAGACGAUCGAAUCAGAGAAUCAAACCUAUCAACGAAUGAUUUCCGUUUUGGAAGAAUCUAAAAAAAAGCUUAAAGAAAAACUCAAAAAACUCGAACAACAAUCAACGACGAGUCCUGUGAAUACCUUUUCCACCGAUGAAUUCUUGAGAUUGAAAGAAAAAGCUCAACAAUUUGAACAAUCCAUAUCACAAUUGACCAAAGAAAAUGAAACUCUCAAGAAACAACUUGUCACACAACCAACCACCACCACCUCGAGUGACCACAUGAUCCCUCCACCACCACCUAUGCCAGUAUCAUAUACAGGUUCAUUCACGAGUACUAGUACUACUGGAUUCAUUCCUCCUCCACCUCCACCAGGAAGCAUGGAUGGUCAUGUUCCUCCACCUCCUCCUGGAAGCAUGGACAAUGCCGGUGACAAUAACAUUAGUACAACUGGAUUCAUUCCUCCUCCACCUCCUGGAAUGGGUGGAAGUGUACCUCCUCCUCCGCCAGGAAUGGGUUUGGUUCCUCCACCACCUCCUGGAAUGGACAAUGGUGGCAAUAUUCCUCCACCUCCACCUCCUGGUAUGGGUGGUGUUCCUCCACCACCUCCAGGAAUGGGCUCUGGAACUCCACCACCUCCUCCACCUGGAAUGAAUGGAAUGCCUCCUCCUCCUCCACCUGGUGGGUUCAAACCCAUGGGUGUUCCAGGAGUUCCUACGGCCAUUCAACUUCCAAAACUUCCUGAAUUUAAAGCAAAAUCAAAACUUCGUGCAUUCCAUUUUGAAGCAGUUCCAAAUAAGAGUGUCUCAGAAACUAUUUUUUGUAAAUUACAACUGGUGGACCAAACCCAUACCAUUUUACGUGAUUUAGAUACGAAUGAAUUUGAAGAUGCUUUUGGAAUCAAGUCAACAACUACGAAUGGUGGUGCUACAGGAGCAGUUGCUGAAACUAAAAAGGAAAAGAUUACAUUGAUAGAUCCCAAACGAUCACAUAAUAUUAGUUUACAAUUGGGUUCUCUUCGUGGAAUUCCAUAUCCCAAGUUGAAACAAGCAAUUAUUGAAAUGGAUGAAAAAGUUGUGACACCAAGUAAUAUUGGAACGAUCAAACAAAUUGUUCCAACUGAAGAAGAAUCACAAACUUGUGUCGACUAUGAAGGGGAUCGAGAUGAUUUACAAGUGACUGAUUUAUUCUUUAUUGAAAUGCAUGGUGUUCCAAGAAUGGUUGAACGAUGUGAAUCAUGGGAAUUCAAAAUGAAAUUUGAUGAAAUUGUUGGCGGUGUCGAACCAACGAUCAAAACGGUUCGAAAAGCGUGUAAAGAAUUGCAAGAUUGUGACAAGUUCCACAAAAUUCUUGCCAUCAUUCUCACACUAGGAAAUUAUUUGAAUUCUAGUAAUAAGAAAGUUUCAUAUGCUUUCAAGAUGAAAUCACUUGCUAAAUUGAGUGAUACCAAAGCUGCUAAUGGAAAAUCAUCACUAUUGACCUAUCUUGUGAAAUUUGUUCAAGAAAAAUAUCCAGAUUUGGAAUCAUUCAGUGAAGGUCUAGCCAAUGUAAAUGCUGCCACACGUGUCGUGAUUGGAUCCAUUCAAGAUGAUAUCAAACAAACCAAUCAAUCUAUUGAAAAGUUGAAAAAUCAAGUAGAAAAGAGUUUAGCUGACACCAUUCCAGGUGAUCGAUUUUCACAUGUCAUGGGUCAAUUUUUAAAUUAUGCAGCUGAAAAAAUCAAAAAGAUUGAGAAUGAAUAUAAUGACAUGAUGAAUGAUUUGAAGAAUACUGGAGUUUUAUUUAAUGAACCAGAAAGUGACAUGCAGAAAGAACCUGACAAGUUCUUCCAACAAAUCGAUCAAUUUGUGAAAUCCUUCAAUGACACAAAGGAAAAACUCCGAAAAGAAAAGGAAGCCGAAGAAAAGAAGAAGAAACUUGUUGCCUCCAAGCAACAAGCGUCAACCAUCAACACGAACGUGAACAAAUCAGGUUUGGGACGAUCUCCCUCUCUUUCCAAAACUCCUGUUUCACCAGGUGGUGUCUCUUCACCAAGUGACGAUAGUGGUGGUCGUGGUGGAUUCGACAAGAAGGGAGCUCUAUUCUUGAAAAAUGCAGAACUCUUGAGAAAACGAAAGAAUACCAAACUUUCAAUGGGAGGUGAAUUUGAUCCAUUGAGCCCUCAAUCUUCUUCCUCUCCUUCGAAUGACAACAAAUAA